AUGAAAUUAGAUAUUAAUUGUUGUGAAGACGAUGAUAUUAUGAAUUAAUUGUAUAUUCCUAUCUUCUAUCUAUUAUUAGCUCUGAAAAUGGAUCCCUUAUUUUCCAAGGUUUUAGAUUAAAUGAAAAAGGAAUUAAAUAUCAUAAACAAUGCAAAAAAGAUUAGAAAUAAAAAAAUAUUACAUUAAAUGAUUUUGAACUUGUUACUAAAUUGGGAUAAGGAGGUUUUGGGAGUGUUGAAAAGGUAUAACUUAAAGGAACAUAAGAAUUGUAUGCAUUGAAAGUAAUAUUAUAUAUUUUUAUUAGAAAAUCAAAUUUCUCUCUGAUACUAAUCAAGAAAAACUAUUAACAAGAGAGUUGGAUGCUUUAAUUUCAUGUGAAUCUGAUUUCAUUGUAUAAUGUUAUGGUGCAUUCUAUUCCCAAGGCUACAUUUGCAUUUGGCUAGAAUAUAUGGAUCUAGGUUCUUUAGAUAAACUACUUUAAAAAGAUGGACUUAUUAAAGAACCGAUGAUGAUGAUGAUCACUUAUAAAAUAUUAUAAGGAUUAGAUUAUUUACAUUACAAACAUAAAAUCAUACAUAGAGACAUUAAACCACACAACAUUCUAAUUAAUUCAGAAGGAAAUGUUAAAAUUGCUGAUUUUGGUAUCUGUUAGACCGUAUCAACUGGAUAAUAUUUGAAUACAUAUAUUGGAACAGCUAUAUAUAUGUCACCUGAGAGAUUACAGUCUAUGAAUUAUGGAAUGGAUGCCGAUAUUUGGAGUUUAGGCAUCAUGUUAAUAGAAUGUUUGAGUGGUCAACAUCCCUUUAAGUAUUGCUAAUUAAUUACACAGGAAAAAGGAUUACUCGCAGAUUCAACAAAUGAAACACAUUAUGGAUUUUGAUGCCGAAUAAUAUCUUUAAGAAUAUAAUUGGCUUCCUGAAACUAAAGAGAUUAUUCUGAAAUGUUUACAUAAAGACCCUAAAUAAAGACCAAGUGUUAAGGAAUUAUUGUUAAGUAAACCUAUGUAAAUGGCUAAAAAUAUUAAUGAAUAAGUAUUUCAUUAGUGGCUUAAACUUAAAUUCAAACAAUGA